GGACCCGGCGCGCGUGAGGGCGGCCGCGGCCCCUCAGCGCGGCCCCGCUGCGGAGAGCGCUCCUGACACGGAGAAACAGAGAGAGAAACAGAGAAAUAGAGAGAGAAACAGAGCAACAGAGAGAGAAACAGAGCCACAGAGCCGUUCCUGGCGCCGCCUCAGCCCGGCGCCUCGAGAGAGAGCGCUCCCGAAGCACAGAACCGGAGCCGUUCCCGCCGCCUCAGCCCGGCCCGCUCCGCCCGGGCUCGGCUCGGCUCGGCCGGGGGAGCCGGAGAAGGGGAUUCCUCCUGCAGACCGCGUUCCCAGGGAGGGGAAAAGAGGCUUCUUUGUGGCAAUGCUAGAUCCUUUAGAGAACAACUUGUUCGAUCUUCCUGAUUAUGAGAACACAGAAGAUGAAACAUUCCCACCUCUGCCACCUCCUGCCUCUCCAGGAAGGGACGAUCCGGAAUGGGCUCAGGCUAAUGGAGAUCCAGAUGGAAACCAGCAGUCCCAAACCAAGGAUUCUGCUGUGACCACACAGAAGGCAGUAAAAAGACCAAGGCCUAGAUUAGAUGCCCAGAGGUUAAUUUCAGAAAGAGGGCUCCCAGCUCUGAGACACAUGUUUGACAACGUCAAGUUCAAGGGCAGAGGGCACGAGGCAGAGGACCUGAAGACACUGAUACACCACAUGGAGCACUGGGCUCACAGGCUCUUCCCACAGCUGCAGUUUGAGGAUUUUGUUGAUGUAGUGGAGUCUUUGGGAAACAAAAAGGAAGUUCAGACCUGCCUCAAGAGGAUUAGACUGGAUCUUCCUAUUUUACAUGAAGACUUCAAAAGUAAUGAAGGAGAAGGGCAGAGCAAUGGGCUGGAUGCAGAAGAUGCAGAAGCUGCACAUUCCCAGUGUGGCAGUGCAGGAGAGCAGAGUGCCCUGGCUGGGCCGAGCCUGACGCAGGAGCAGCAGGAGCGGAUGGCGAAGAACCGGCAGCUGGCCCUGGAGCGGCGGCAGGCGCGGCUGCAGGGCCUCAGCCAGUCCCAGCACCAGGAGCUCCCCAACAGUUACUCAGCAGAGGAGUUUGACAGCCCAGCUGCUCAGGAUCCCCCUGAGCUUACUGAAGACACUCAGGUUCCUGCAGCCAAGGAUGCUCCCACAGAAGGUGGAGAUGAUGAAUUGGGAUGUGCCUGGGAAGAGCAGUAGCUCCCCAACACCAUGAAUGCCUUUCUUGACCAAAGGACCCCCCUGCUUUAAGUGCUGUCAUUGUACUGAAAUGUUGCUGGCUCUGGGCACUCCAGAGGCUUCAGGGAAGUCUCUCCCACGGCAUCACUGAAGGACAGAACUCUUCCCUGGAAGCUGCAGGGGAGCAGCUCCGUACACCAGGAAACAGAACAAAGUUCUUCAGCUGCACUUGAGCCAUCUUUUCCACCUCCCAAAAUGUUUUCUAGGAAAGGUUUAUGACUUUUUGGACCUACUUUGAAUAUAGUUUAUAAUUUAUGUUAAACCAAAUGAACUGGGAUGUUGAUGUAUUAAGUUGCUAUUAAAGGUGUGUUUGGGGUUUUUUAA